CAGCUAUUGAUGGCCCGAGCAGGUUCAUGAUGGGAUGCAUUAAUAUGAUGUUUAACUUUGAUACAGUCAGGGGCAGAUGAUUUCCAACAUUGAUUGUUUAUCCGGUUGAAUGAGCAUAGUGAUUUAUAUUCACAAUGGCUUCCAGUCCCUCCAGCGAUGCCAUAUGUCAAGCGCUGCUCAGGUUCAUCACUGACGGGAAGUUCCCCGACUCAGAAGACCUCGUGUCGACCGAAUUUCCUCUAGAGAUCAUCCCGACUGAGCUGCAAGAGAUAACAACGGCCAAGAAAGAGAUUGAGAAUGAAAUAUCGACCCUCAGCCGAGAAACAGCGACGAAUAUAGACGACUGGAUAGUGCAAGCGAAAAAGCUGCAUCAGGAUAUAGAACGCUCUCGGCUGACCGCUAGAGAAAUUGUUACACUACACGAAAAGGGACGAGCGCUUCGUGACCGGGUCUCUGAUGCGCAAUCCGCGGUUGACCAACUACAUGAGGACAUUGUGUCGAAUGAAGCUAUACUAGAAACACUGGGGCAAGCGCGCUUGAUUGACAAUAAACUUGCAAAUGCACAAUUAGCCCUUGAUCGCGGUGAAUGGAUAAGAUCUAUUGAUCUUUUGGACGAUAUUGGGGAUUCACUAGCCAGUAGCAAGCUUCCCCAAAGCAGCAAUAUCGUCGGUUUAUUGUCCACAAAAGUCACGCAGCUGCAUGCCGGUAUUUCCAAUGCCCUUCGAGCCGAAUGGAGCACUCUGAUCAAAAUCGAUGCCACCUCAGAUCAGCCAACAAUCACCAUACACAGUAGCGAUCAUUUUCCCGAUAUUUUAGCUGGAUUGACCAGGUUACAAGUUUUGGACGAUGUUGUCAGUUCUUUUCAAAAGGAUCUGAUCAACUACAUCCUUCGGCCUGUCAUCUUCCCCGUUAAGACAGGCCAAUGGCGCAUAUUCUCUGUGGAUGGAAACUGUUUGCGACUAGUCCUGGCCCCAUCGCGACCACUACUUUCAGAUUUGCUAAACAGUAUACUAUCGGCAUUUUCGUAUCUCAAAGAAAACCUGCCCUCUAACAUCCUUGAAUGCCUCUUCACCACCCUCGCCGGUACCAUCGUUUCACCAUUGACAACAAAGUGGCUAUCACCUUCGGUCCCAAGCGAAGUCUCCUCGCUUGAGCCAUUCCAGGGAACACUGGACCGGAUCCAUCGAUUUGUUUCAGAUUUAGAAAAGCAAGGCUGGCAAGGACUGGAAGGGCUUGGUGCCUGGGUUGGACAAGUUCCCCGCCUGUGGCUUAGCCAACGACGGUCCAAGGCCUUGAAUGAUGUGCGACUGGCUAUGUCCCAUAGUACUGGGAAAAUCCGGAAGGUAGAAAGAAUCGAGAAGCAGCAUGUAUCCGGGGACAACGGCAUGCUCGUUGAAGGAAAUGGUGAGGAUGAUUGGAAUGCUGAAUGGAGUGACAACGAAGACGAAGAUACCCUAAAGAGCACAACCAUUAAAACAACUUCGGAAGAAACGGAAAACCAAGCAGACCCCGGAAACGAAGACGACGCUGACGAGUCUUGGGAUUGGGAUGACGACAAUGAAGAGCCUCCUGCGGCUGCUCAACCGGAAGCGAGCUCUGAACUAAAUUCGCAAGCUAAGGGACAUGGCGGUGAUCACAAAGACUCUCAGCGGGAGUUGAUUUUGAAGGAGUACUAUGCCGUAACAGAUUUACCAGAUCGUAUUCUUACUAUCAUAUCUAACCAAGUCGCCGACGCUGAGGAUUUGACAAAUUUAGGGAGCUCUCAAUUGAAGCUGGCUUCUUCGCGGCCUGCUCUACUUGCAUUGCCUACAUUGAUUGUUGCAAUGUUCAAAGCCACGGCGCCAGUACUCUACUCUCAUAGGUUCGAUGCCGGUCAGAUGCACCUAUAUAAUGAUUGCAUGUAUCUUGCAGAAAAACUACGUUCAUUUUCAGAGGCCCAAAAUCUCCCCAAGCUAAGCUCGGAUGUUGAGUCUAUCGAGAAAUUUGGCAAGGCAGCAUACGGAAAGGAGCUUCAGUCGCAGCGUACUAUCUUAAGUGAUCUUCUUGAUGGCUGUCAGGGAUUUUCAACCUGUUCUGAAGAGCCCUUUCUGGGAGAGUGCAAAAAUGCAAUGGCUGCAGCAGUCGACAGAGUGAGAGAUGUAUACAAGGAGUGGCAACCAAUUUUAUCCCGCUCUGCCCUCCUUCAAUCAAUGGGAAGACUCAUAUCGGCAGCGAUAAACAAAUUAAUACUAGAUAUCGAAGAUUUGAGCGACAUUUCAGACGCUGAGUCCCGGCGACUGGCUGAAUUCUGCACCAGUCUGUCCAAUCUAGAGGAUCUAUUUCUUCCUGAUCCUAGCACAGAUCCCAAUGCCGCCAACCAGCCAGAAGCGAUACCAAUGACGGCCAUGUACGUUCCGAAUUGGCUGAAGUUCCAGUAUUUAAUAAAUAUCCUUGAGAGUUCUCUGGCGGAUAUCAAGUACAUGUGGACUGAAGGAGAAUUGAAGUUGGAGUUCGAUGUGGAUGAGUUGGUUGAUUUGAUCAAAGCCCUUUUUGCAGACUCGGACCAUAGGAAGCGGGCGAUUGCGGAGAUACGGCGGACUGCUGGUGUAUCUUAGAACCAUAAAUAAAAUAGGAUAUAUAUAUACUGGUAUUC